UCUGUAGCCACUUGGUCCAGUUAGGAGGUGUGCUUCAGACUAAGUCUCGGAUCCUCCAAAUUCCGCUUCCAUGGCCGAGGCGCGAGCGCCUGGAGCACCAUGGCCGUGAAGCGCCAUGGACAACUGUCGCCCAUCUCCGUUCUACUUGAGGAGUUCGAUGCCACGCAGAACCGCCUGGCGCGCGAAAAUCGCCUCAUGGAGAAGAGGCUGGCCAAGCAGGCCAAGCGGGAGAGGGCUCAGAAGCUGCGGAAGCUGGCAGAUCGUGCGAGACGUGCGGCGGAGGAACUGGCCCAGAGUGAAAAUGCCAGCCCGGGCAACCGCGUCGUUCAGGUGGAGGUGGAGCCAACGAUGUCCACUUCAGCCGAUUCCCCCGUGUCGCCGUCCUCCACCGUCUUCCGCUUGGCGCACCAAUGGCGCCAUACGGAUAUGCGAUUGAACCACAUCUUCAAUCCCCAUGGCAGCGAUGAGUUGGAGCUGCAGAUGGGCAUCGCGGACCACAGCGUCUUUGGUCUCCAGUUGAGCUUCUUCGAGCAGCUGAUGGGCGCCGUGCGGAAGAUUCGGCUUCCGAUGAAUCCCAACAACACAGUGAGACUGGUUUGGGACUUUCUGGGUCUCUUCUUGAUCUCCUGGGAUGUGAUCUACAUCCCCUUCGAGUUGGCGUUUGAUCCAGAAGAGGUGGCGUUCACGAUGGUCAUGGGCUGGAUCGUGCUGCUCUACUGGACCUGCGACGUCCUCAUGAGCAAUCUGGUGGGCUUCUAUGAAGAAGGGGAGUUGGUGAUGAACCAGAAGCGCAUCAUUUGCAGAUAUUUGAGGACGUGGUUCUUCAUUGACCUCAUUGUGUUGGGGCCUGAUUGGUUCCUUCGACUGUGGGGCACCGGAGGUGAUCCGGCGACGAACGACAUUCAAAACAACAGCUUGCAAGAAGGAGAUUAUGAAGAAGUGGCCAACGCCCUGCGCAGCAUCCGAGUCCUCCGAGUGGUGCGGCUCCUGCGACUCUUGAAAGUGCAACGCUUGAUGAACCUGGUGUAUGAUAUCUUGGACAGCGAGUAUGUCUUCAUCCUCUUCACCCUCUUGAAGUUGACGGCGCUCAUCAGCGUCCUGAACCACGUCAUCGCAUGCCUCUGGUACGGCGUAGGCUAUGUCACCAGGGAGCAGGGUGAAAAGAACUGGCUGGAUCACUCGGAAGGCGACGGAUCAAGCAUUGCUGAACGGAGCAUGGUCUACCAGUACACCACAGCUCUGCACUGGAGUUUGACUCAGUUCACCCCCGCCUCCAUGGACUCCUUUGCCCGGAACGUCCCCGAGAGGAUCGUGAGCAUCGUGGUGGUGUUCUUCGCCCUCAUCGGCUUUUCCUCCAUCGUGGGAAGCGUCACCAAUUCCGUGGCGCAACUGCAAGCCUUACAUGGAAGUUCACGCAGGCAGUUCUGGCUCUUGCGGAAGUAUCUCAAUGAGAAGCGGAUCUUUGAGCCGACGCGCACGCGGCUCUUCACCUUCCUGGAGCACGAGGUGGAGCGCCGGCGCAAGGACAUCAAAACAGAAGACGUGAGGCUCUUGCAGCUCCUCAGUCACCCUCUGCAGAACCUCUUGGCCUACGAGCUUCAUCGUGGUCCCAUGAAAGGACAUCCCUUCUUUGGAUAUCUGGACCAGCACAUGCAGCCCGUGAUGUACAGAUUGUGUCAUAAAGCCAUGAAAUUCAAGCACUUCGCCAGUGAGGACGUAUGUUUUACCGAAGCAGAAGGAGGGAAAUUCAUGUGGGUGCUCAUUGAGGGAGCCUUUUCGUAUAUCCGUGCUGGACACCUCUACGAGUUGGACUCCUGCGGCACGUGGCUGUCGGAGCCGGUGCUGUGGACCACCUGGUGGCAUCGAGGAAACCUCGAGACAGCAAGCACCAGUGGCCAGUUGGCCUUCGUCGCCGCACAGGCCUUCGUGAAGUGCUUCAAGUCGCAUCCACGGCCGUGGCUCUAUGCCAGGACAUAUGCAAUGAAGUAUGUGAAGAAGCUCAACUCCAUACCCAUUGGGCGCUUGAGUGACAUCGAUCCGGUAGAAGUGGAAGAGGUCAAGAUCAUGGCAGCAGAGUGGAUAAAGGUGGUAUUGGCCGAAGGAUCUGAAGACGGGGAGCCGCGCAUAGAGCCGGGCCAUCUAUGGGGCCUCAAGUCGGAUUGUUUUGUUCUUUGCGUUUUGGGUGUUCCGGACUUGCGUGAGCCAUAGAACCUCAUAACUGUCAUAACUGCUUGGGUGUCAAGUGAUUGGAUCCACAUGCCAAUCCGACUUGGACACAGCUUUUCUUUCCUUCUACGCUGAGCUCUUCCGUUGGCUCAGGAGUGAUGAGCUGCAAGAGAAUUAAACACUUGUUGUGGGGAUGGCUCAAAGUGACUUCGGUGCCU